AUGGCUUCCACAACACAAACAUUCUACUGUCUCUGGCAGGACGAGCGCAUCCGGGAGACGCUCUUUGAGCUGCUCGACAAGAACGACAUCAGCGCCGUCCGGUCGGCCAACUCAGCCUGCUGCAACCUCGUCACCCGACGCCUCUUCUUGCGCACCCAUUUGACCUUCACGGCCAACACAUUCACCAAGCCAAGCCGAGUGCAAGCCCUCUCGCGCAUCGGCCACCAUGUCGAGCAUCUCACCUUCUACCUUCCGCACUCGGACGCCACCUUUCUGCCGCCACUCCUCCAUCCUCUGACUGGCCGUGAGAUCAGCUUUCUCUACACGCCACACACAUCCAUGGCGUCGGUGCUGACGCGCCCAAAGUACGGCAAUCCGGGACUGGGUGAUGUCCUGACCCAGCAGUAUCCGCCGCUCUUCCACGCGGCGACCAACGUGCCCUCCUUUCUCAAUGCCAUGAAGCACCUGCCCAACAUGCGGCACCUGACCAUCCGCUGUCCCGGCCAGGACCCCAAGGAGCGCUACCGCCGCGACAUUGUGGACUACGCCCUGAUCAGCCUGCGCAUCUCGCUGGAGCGAGCUCCGUUGCUCAAGCUGUCUAAGCUCUCGCUGUCGGGAGUCCACCCGGCUGCCUUCAACUAUCUGCGCCACGUGCCCGGCUUCGGAGCCAUGCCAUCGGCCGCCCGUCGCUGGCGCCAGAUCCGCAAGCUGUACGUCUCUGUCGAUGCCUGGGACUUUUAUGGGCCGUCGCCCGGGCUCGACCAGCUCAAGAUCAUCGACGACUACAUCCGCCACAUGGCUCCGCAGCUGGAGAAGUUCUCCUUCACCUGGCUUGGGGACGAUGGUAGCGCUGAAACGGGCGGACGCAAGGGUCCCUGUCCUAUCGCGCUCUCGGGUGAUGCGCUCCUUGCGGCGCGACGCGAGGGCCCCAAGAAGCUGUUCAACGAGGUGACUAGCCCGAUGUCACCACUCCCUCCAGCGCCACAUCGGGAGCCCAUGCACUUCCCGCGCCUGCGCUGCUUAACUCUGCGCAACACCACCAUGCGCACACCACAGUUGUUCGAUCUGGUCGAGCGGCACAAAUGUUCUAUCCGCGAGUUUAACUGCGAAAACGUCUCACUGGUGGAUGGUGGCAGCUGGGAGGAGGCGUUUGCACCGCUCUUGAGCCAGGUCAACAGUCGUGGCAGCAACAUUUGGCAGCACAACGGUCACAAUGGCAGCAGUCACAUAGAAAUCGACGGCAGCAGCGGCAGUGGAAGACGAAAUGCCUCUCCGGCUCAAUCGAACUUCCGGGAGAGCUUGCACUUGAUCAAUGAGUCCUCCUCGGGACCCCCAUCAUCAGCGUCCUCCACUGUUACUUACGGGCCAUGUGCAGUGGCAUCGCCGGAUGACAAACAGAUACCAUCCCCGUCAGCCGCUGUGGACGCUGUAUCUCGUGACCUGCUUGAAAUGAGCACUGCUGAUUUGCAGAGCUAUCUCAGUAUUGGUUCGGGCCAGUCAUUCGUGGUAGAACAGCCACGGCCAAAGGUGUCGGUCCCAGAUGCAGAUGAGUAUCCCAUUUGGAUGACGCCUCCGCCUACGAUUGAAGAAGAGGACGAAGAGUAUGAAGAUGAACUGCUCAAGGAAGAAGAAGGCGUCAGAGAAGACGAAGAGAAGGAAGAGAAAGAAGUCCCUACCUCGGAUAUAGCAGCCCCCCACGAAGCCGGCCUCACAUUCACAACCCAGCUCAAAAGAAAACAUGAACGGCGACGACAUAGACGACACCAAGAAGGCAAUAGCAGCGAGGCCGGGACCGAAGGGCGCCGAUCACGGUCCAAAUCUCACGGCCGCCAACACCACCACAGCCACAGUGACAGCAAGGGUACCACAACUGACCGCGAGGCCAAGUCAAAGAGAAGCCGUUCACAGUCACGCAAACGUGAACGCAGCCGGAAGGAUGCAUUUGUGUCUCGGAGCACAACAACCACGACGCCACCACUGCCUCGGGCCAUGCCCAUCCAUCCCUUUGCCCACCGCAUGCCGCCACCACAACCCCGACCGAAACGUGUGGGCCAGCUUGACCACAGCUGCAACAGCGACGACGACGUAUUUGGGCCGCAGGCACCGGGACCUCCAGCAGCAGCGCAUACGCUGUCCGUCGCAUCCGCACAGGUUGCGCCGCUCAACAUCUCGGCGCCCGCUGUGGCAGCCGAUCCCGAGCCAGUGCUGCUCCGGCCAGCCGUGUACGACCCGUUCACAGCAGCCAGCCCGGGUGCAGCGAGCUCGUUCUACAGCAUCAUGAGCGCGGACUCGGAGGCGCAGCGGCGACAGAACCAGCUGAUGAUGGCCGAGGAUGCCGAUGCGCGGUCGUCGGCGCUCAAAAAGGCCAAGGAGGCGGUGCUGUUGAAGCUGAGCCGCGAGUUCAACCGGCGGAUUGGCCGAGAGACGGCGCAGAUGGCGGCUGCAGCAAUGUCGGCGUCAGUGCGAUCGGAUCUGGCGGCAGCCCCGAUGGCAUCGUCGACUUCAUCGUCGCUGCUGAGCAGUCUGCGCUGGCGUGAACGGCUGUUUGGCGACUCGUUGGCGAUAUCGUCGCAACAUCACAGCAUGGAGAGCAACUCGGCCGUGGUCCCGCUAAUAUUCAGUCGGGCAUAA